UACCUACCUAUCCUACCUUGGUGGUUCAAGUCUCUCAACUGUCAACCUAGACAGGUACGAGUUCAGCCCAGCAUACUUACCACGCCAUACCAUAUCAAGCCACACCACACCACACGUACACUGUUCUGGCUUACCGUGUAGAUUAGCUGUAAUCCGCUCCCAGUCCACCUAUACAUAUCUAGUCAUCCAAGCCAUGUAAUUUACCUAACUGGCGUACAGGACCCAUUCCUUUUCCACAAUAUGAGACGAUCCUGGGUAUCGUAGAAACAGACCAUAACAUGCCGUCCAGGACUGUCAAUGGCCUUCCGCUCCUCGAUCAGAACCCAAGCCAAAGCCGAACCCCGAGGCAGAGAGACUUGCCCCAGCAAUCAUGUUCGCCAUCGCAACGCCGCCUGCAAAGCAGUCUGUCAGCGAAACGAUAACAACCCUCUCUGGCCGCUUGAACUCAUCAACCUUACUGGAAGAUCGUCGCGCUGCGAUCUUGGGUCUACGAAGCUUUGCGAAAGAAUACCCUGCUUCCGUUGCUUCAGAUGCUCUACGAGGCUUAAUUGGGAGUCUCAACAAUGACCGCGAAGAUGUCGACACAGUCAAAAUUACACUCGAAACACUCCUUAUGCUCUUCAACCCCAAUGAGAGUAGCCCCGAAGCGUCAGAAGAGAUUGCUCUCUGGCUGGCAGACGAGUUCACUCAGCGCCAAGACAAUAUUACACUGCUCUUAGAUUUUUUGGAUACACAAGAUUUCUACUCUCGACUCUACUCACUGCAGCUGCUUUCAGCCAUCUUGGCCUCUCGCACCGAGAGAACAGAGGAAUGUAUAUUUACAGCGCCUUUGGGAAUUUCCAGACUAGUAGCAGUACUUGAUGACAGAAGAGACGCCAUUCGGAACGAGGGCUUAUCACUUCUCACCUACCUUACACCGACGUCUUCGGAAUUGCAGAAGCGGGUUGCAUUUGAAGAUGCCUUCGAUCGGAUAUUCAAAAUUAUCAACUUGGAGGGUUCUCUGGUGCACGGUGACAGAAUAGUGGAAGAUUGUCUGAUAUUGCUAGCGAACCUUCUUAGAUUGAAUGUAUCCAACCAAUCAUUCUUCAGAGAGGCUGGGUGCGUUCCCAAGGUUGCAUUGUUAUUGGCCGAUGCUGCCAAGGAGAUCCACGAGCCCAAGGUUGCAGAGUGGGCGAAGACCCAAGCGAACCGGAACAUAUAUGCUUUGCUGGCAGUCUUGAGGCUGUUCUUAGUCACUGGCGGAGUCGGUACUCAAGCUAACCAGGCUUCCUUCUGGCAACACGGUGUCCUGGACCAAGUUCUUCACCUGGCUUUCGACCGAUCAACGGAGAUGCAGAUAAAAGCAGAGGCUUUGACGACAUGUGCAGAUCUGAUUCGUGGUAACCCAGCGCUGCAAGAAGGAUUUUCACAAUUCAGAGUCACAUCAGUCCUCGACGAGCCUUCUGAUGAGGGUGAGGGAGAGAAGGAUACCGUACGGAAUGGAGUUCCGCAGGUCUAUGUUAUUGACGGGCUACUAGAUCUGACACUGAGUGUGCCUCUGAUAAGCGCUUUUGAUUCCAGACUUGCUGCGUGCGAGUGCAUCAAAGCAUAUUUCUACAAUCACCCCGUAAUACGAAAGCACUUUCUUCGGCGAGCUAUUGAUGGACACACUGCAGGGGCCGACGAAACUGCCAAUGUCCUGACAACCCUUCUUCAACCUCUGGAUACCCAGACAUCCAGCGAUGCGUACCGAUAUUGGUUUGCGGCUGUAAUCUUAUUUCACUUGGUCUACGAGGAUGCCAAUGCGAAAAGCCUGGCAAUGAGUGUUGUUGAGGGCGACGCAGCUGAAGGAGAAGAAGUGGUGACUUGCAUUCAAACGCUGACUGGGAAUCUUGUUGUCGGCAUCCAAAGGAAUUUAGACGAGAGGAUACUGGUCGCUUACCUGAUGCUACUCUGUGGGUGGUUGUUUGAGGACCCCGAUGGGGUCAACGAUUUCCUUGGUGAAGGAAGCAAUCUUCAAAGUUUGGCGCAAGCUGUUUCGAGUGGUGUUGGGGACGGAGUCAUGGUUCAAGGACUGUGUGCUACACUUCUUGGAAUAGUGUACGAAUUCUCAACAAAGGACUCGCCGGUUCCCAGAGCGACAAUACAUCCAAUAAUAGCAUCUCAGCUGGGCCGAGAGAAGUACAUCGACAGGCUGACGAGGUUGAGAGGAUACCCUUUUCUUCGAGACUUUGAAGUAAUCCCGCAAAAACUCAGUUCAGCGCGGCUGGGCGGCCUCCCAGAAGUUUUCUUUGAUACUACAUUCGUUGAUUUCAUCAAAGACAACUUCAGUCGUUUACUUCGCGUAAUUGACCGAGAUCCUGGUAUGGAGAUACCUGUCAUUACCAACGGGGUACAGAAGGGCAUAUCUCGUGAAAUGGUUGACUCAUUGCGAUCGCAGCUCGAGGAGAAGGAGAAGCUGUUGCAGAGGGCGCAGGAGGAAGUUGUAUCUCUUGGUAGGCAGUUGGGACAAGAGCAGGCCGACCACCGGAGAAACAAAGAGACGUUUGCUGUGGAAUUGACACGGAUCAAGAAUGUAAAUGAUGCUUUGCAGCGGCAUCACGAUGACGACAUGAAAAAGUUACAAACCGAACAGGCCCGGCUCAUCCAAGGCCACCAGCGACAGCUUGAGCAUGUUCAGAAGACAUCUGAAGCUAAUGCUGAUAGAAUUCGAAAACGAACCGAGGCCGAGAUAGCAGACCUCCAGACUAAAAUCGGUAAACUGAAUGCUGAUCUCACAAAGGCGAACAAAGAUCAUCUACAAGAUUUGCAGACUGCACAUCUCGAAUAUCAAUCGAGUAGUAGUGAGCAAGCAGUCCGAUUACAGCGUGCUGAAGAGAAAGCAAAGGAUCUGGUAACUAGGGUGGAUGCCGCGACAACGAACGCUACCAAGGCCGCGGCUUCUCUGGUUCAGAAGGAACAGGAAAAGCAAACAGUUCAAGGCGAACUAGAUGACCUGUUGAUGGUUUUUGGCGACAUGGAGGACAAGGUCAAACAAUACAGGGAGCGGCUGAAAGCCCUUGGAGAGUCUGUGUCUGACGGCGAAGAGGAUGGCGAGGAGGAUGGCGAAGAGGACGAUGAAGGUGAAGAAGGUGACGAUGGGGUGGACUGAGAACGAACUCCGGUUUUGUAUCAUGCUGUAGAUAUACUAGGGUCUGGCCUACGGAAUGGAAAAGAGAGCCUCGCUUCCUGAGAUUCUGCUAAGCACCGCUCGGCAUUCAUCUCGUGGAAUGGCUGCUGGAACAACAGGCAGUAGCAGGCGAAAGCCAAGGCAUGGAAUGCCAGUGCUAGCUGUCCUAUAUUCCCUCGGGAUAUUAGAUUUCUCAGAGUAAUGUUCGCACAGUGGCUGAAGGAAUAAAUAAUGACUCGAUCUGCUUCUCGCCCACAGAGUGGAUCAUGAAAUUUGUUAGAUCCAAUGGAAGCUGCCCCUCACUUAG